AGUGUUGCGGAGUGUGUUGACAGGGCUCUCUCUUAUCUCCUGGACCUAGAGGAGAACAAUCGCCACUCUUGAGAACCCGCUGAGCCGAGCUACCUGCCAGGAAUGCCAUAGCCUCUGCAGUGCACAAAGGAGAGGAUUCACACACACACACACACACACACACACACACACACACACACACACACACACACACACACACACACGCAGACAUCACGUUACUUACUUUCAGAGCACAGAUUAGGGGCUAGAUCAUCCACCUGAGGCUACCACCUGAAGUUGGCUCACUGGACCAGGCUGGACGUAGAGGUUCCUUCAGCACCGUUGGGGCUUACUGGGACACACUAAAACAGCGGCAAUCUCUGCUGGGGAGGGACUGAGUCUAUUGGUCUGCAGAGAAUAGAAAUACAUUAGAAUUCAUUAGAGUUGGUUAGAGUUGAAUUGAGGAUGGACGCCUCGUCCCCCAUUGGCUUCUUCAGCGUGUGGGACUACGCGGUCUUCGCCUUGAUGCUCCUCGUCUCCGCAGCGAUCGGCGUCUUCUACGCCUACGUGGACCACGGGCCCCAGAGCUCGGGGGACUUCCUGAUGGCCGGGCGCAGCAUGACGGCCGUUCCCGUGGCGAUGUCGCUGUCGGCCAGCUUCAUGUCGGCUAUCACGGUGCUGUCCACGCCGGCGGAGAUCUACCGCUUCGGCGCCCUGUACUGCUACUACGGCCUGUCCUUCGUGCUGACCGUGCUGGUCUGCUCCGAGGUGUUUGUGCCCGUCUACUACAGGCUCGGAAUCACCAGCACCUACGAGUACCUGGAGAUGCGCUUCAACAGAGCAGCGCGUCUGUGUGGAACGGCCUUGUUCGUCUUGCAGACGAUUCUCUACACUGGGAUUGUCAUCUAUGUCCCAGCACUGGCACUCAACCAAGUGACUGGCUUUGACCUGUGGGGGGCAGUCAUAGCUACAGGAGUAGUGUGCACCUUCUACUGCACUCUGGGCGGGCUCAAGGCGGUGGUAUGGACAGAUGUGCUCCAGGUGGGCAUCAUGGUGGCCGGUUUGCUUGCGGUCAUCCUCAAAUCAGUGGUGCGGCAGGGCGGCAUGGCGACCAUCUUGAAUGACGCGGCGGAGGGGGGACGACUUGAGAUCUGGGACUUUGACCCAAACCCACUAAGACGACACACCUUUUGGACCAUCACAUUUGGUGGAGCGCUUGUGUACAUAGGCAUCUAUGGCACCAACCAGGCCCAAGUGCAGAGAUACGUCUCCUGCAAGACCCUGGCCCAUGCCAAAAUGUCCCUGUAUGUGAACCUGAUUGGCCUGUGGGUGAUCCUGCUGUGUUCGGUGCUUGCUGGCUUGUGCCUCUACUCCGUCUACAAGCACUGCGACCCCUGGACCAGCGGAUCUGUCUCCUCAGCAGACCAGCUGAUGCCGUACCUAGUGAUGGAUAUCUUACGGGAGCAUCCCGGUCUUCCCGGACUGUUUGUGGCUGCCGCAUAUAGUGGCACUCUGAGCACAGUCUCCUCCAGUAUCAAUGCACUGGCCGCCGUAACAGUGGAGGACUUGGUGAAGCCGUACAGCAACCUGACCGAGAAACAGCUCUCCCGUCUCUCUAAAGCCCUCAGCCUGGUGUAUGGGGCAUUGUGCAUUGGAAUGGCAGGAUUAGCCUCUAUUGUGGAUAGCCUUUUACAGGUGGCGGCCAGUAUCUUUGGUGUGGUGGGAGGGCCUCUGCUGGGUCUGUUCAUGCUGGGCAUUCUGUGCCCUUUUGCCAAUGCCACGGGUGGCCUGGCAGGCCUGUUCUGUGGGCUUGUGCUGUCUCUGUGGGUUGGCAUCGGUGCCCAGCUGUACCCGCCGAUGCCCUCCCUGAGCCGUCCGCUGGCGCUGGCCACCUACGGUUGCAAUGGCACGGUGGGCAUCCUCCUCAACAGCACCAUCAGUGCCAGCGUGAGCGCCAGCUCUCUGCCGCUGGGCAACUUCUCCAGCGAUCUCCUCAACGCCAACCACAGCGGUCCUGCGUUAGUGGACAGCUGGUACUCGGUGUCCUACCUCUACUUUAGUCCCAUCGGCACACUCACUGCACUCGCCGUCGGUGUCAUCGUCAGCCUGCUGGCAGGAAACAGGAAAUGCAAAUCUUCAGCAGGAUUAACCCUGUGCAAGGAGGACCUCACACUGUACUGUCUACUGAGAAUCCUGAAAGAGAAGGUGACUCCCAGUGCAGGUAAACUGGACCUCAGCAGAGAGUCGGAGGUUAAGGAGAAAUUUGGCCAGCACAACCCCGCCUUCUGCACCGUGGAGCUGAGCACUACAUCAUAUGGCAAGACACAGGGGCCUUCUACGUAG